GUAAGUGCAACUCUAUUACCAAUAUUACCCCUCCCAAAAUCCUCUAUUUUCCUUGUUCACUUUUUAUCUCCGUUAAUUCCACCGGAAACUGCCAUCCACCCACCAAAUAUCCAUCGGUGACCUCCCCGAAAUUCCGGCAUGUCCGUCUCCGUUUCUAUUCAGUCCGCCUCCCUCCGGCGCGAUUCCGAUUCAGAACCGUUGUUAGAUUCCAGAUAUGGGAAAGACGGCGUUGCGCCAACCACCGUAGACGAAGAUACUGCUUCAUCGAAUAAAACUGUGUUGCGCAAGAAAAGAUAUUCUAUUAACUCCAUGAGUUGCUUUGGGGUUGAAUUAACCCCCGAUAAUGUUGCCGUUGCGAUGGUAUAUUUUGUUCAGGGUGUAUUGGGCCUAUCCAGGCUUGCAGUCAGUUUCUACAUGAAAGAUGAUCUACACUUAGACCCCGCAGAGACAGCCGUCAUAUCUGGUAUAUCUUCAUUACCUUGGCUAGUCAAACCCUUGUACGGGUUUAUCAGUGAUUCCUUCCCGCUUUUUGGCUAUCGAAGAAGGUCAUAUUUGGUUUUGUCGGGACUUUUAGGAGCCUUUUCGUGGAGUUUGAUGGCUACGUUUGUCGACACCAAAUAUGGUGUUGCCUUCUGCAUACUUCUUGGAUCCCUUUCUGUAGCCUUUUCAGAUGUUGUUGUGGACUCUAUGGUUGUGGAGAGGUCUCGCGGUGAAUCACAACGCAUGUCGGGAUCUCUUCAGUCUUUAUGCUGGGGUUCUUCUGCUUUUGGUGGCAUUGUCAGUUCCUACUUCAGUGGCUCCUUCGUCGGUGCUUAUGGUGUGAGGUUCGUCUUUGGAUUAACGGCUUUGCUUCCCUUAAUAACAUCUGCAGUUUCGGUCCUUGUGAAAGAGCAGCCAAUAAGGGGGCAGAAUAUGGGGGUGAACGGGGGCUUCCUAGAAAGCUCCACGAACAGCGUAACGCAAUUGUGUGAUGCUGUUAAGCAGCCGAAUGUUUUUCUUCCCACGUUAUUUAUUUUUCUGUGGCAAGCGACGCCACAAUCCGACUCUGCCAUGUUUUACUUCACUACAAAUAAACUUGGGUUUACCCCAGAGUUUCUGGGGCGUGUGAAGCUCGUCACUUCUAUUGCAUCACUGCUCGGUGUCGGACUUUAUAACGGUUUUUUAAAAACUGUUCGUUUGAGGAAGAUAUUUCUAGUCACCACUAUUAUCGGUUCAGCUCUUGGGAUGACUCAAGUUUUGCUCGUCACUGGAUUGAACCGGCAGUUGGGUAUAAACGACGAAUGGUUCGCCAUGGGUGACUCCCUAAUAAUAACAGUUCUUGGACAGGUGUCGUUUAUGCCGGUUCUUGUAUUAGCAGCGAAAAUAUGUCCGGAGGGAAUGGAAGCAACUCUAUUUGCAACGCUAAUGUCGAUAUCCAACGGUGGGAGUGUUCUCGGCGGUCUGAUAGGAGCUGGAUUAACUAAGCUAUUUGGUGUGACAAAGGAUAAAUUUGACAACCUAACUUUUCUCAUAAUUUUAUGCAAUCUCAGUUCUUUGUUACCUUUGCCUUUACUUGGCCUCCUUCCGGAAGAUUCAUCCGAUUCCGAUUCCGAGAAGAACGCUGACGUGGAAAUGAAAUCAAAUUGAUAUUAUAUAUAUACAGGUGGGAAAGAAAAAGAAAAAAGUAGUUGUAUAUUGUAACAAAAUGCUGUCUUGUAACUUUAGGAUAUUUCUCUUCUAAUUUAAGUACCCUUUAAUUUCAUUUACUUUGUCUAAUGUGACAAGUCAAAUGGUCCAUUUAUCAAAACAUGCCACGAGAGCAUCAAACAUACAGACAAAAUAAAUCUCAUAUUUGGUCCAA